AAACUCUGCAUCUCUGUCAUUUGUUCUCCAGAAAUUCCGCUCACUUUCGUUCUUCAACAACGAUAAAUCUCCAAAAAGAACAACGUUAAAUCUCCUUCCUAUACAAACCAUACCCAUAUACAUACGUACAAGAAAAUCUCAGAGCUGAAUUUCAUUCUAUUUUCUUCUGCAAAUAGUACGAGGGUUGGGUGAACCAACAGAAAGACUUUUGACAGUGUGAUAAGCUCAUGUUUAGAAUAGUCUGUGGCUGGAGCAGCUGAUGUUAUCCAUAUAGCAUGGAUUCGCAUCAGUUUAUUGCAUACGGAGUGGAUUUAUCAUUCUCGUCUUUCCCCCAAACUUCAUCACUACCUGCUACGCUAUUUGAUUCCUUGAAAUUUGACUCGACAAGUUCUCCUAAUUCGCCGUUCAGUAAUUGUUUUGAUCCCCAGACCACGACAACUUUAAGUGACAGCCAGGAGCUCUACAGCUCUACAGAAAAUCUUUCGGGAGCCAGUCCCUCCAGUAAUUCUUCGCUGGAUUACAACAGUUAUCCCCAACGGUGCAGUCCCGCCUCGGACUGCCUUCCAGAAAGCUUGGUUCUUCCUUCCGGUGAAUACACUUUUCUUCGGAAUGUGAAUCACAAUGAGAAAAUGAAGCAUGUUUUGUGGCAGUUGGAGAGCGCUUUGAUGGGGCCGGAUGGGGUAGGAGCCACGAAUUCAGAUCCAUCUGCGGGGGAAAAUACACAAAAACAAACGUCGAGUCAGGGGUCUAGGUCUUGGAGCCAGGAAGCCCAGGGUUCUGGCCGAUAUGAAUCUCAGCAGUCUUCAUUUGGGAGAUCGGGUGAAGGAAUUCAUAGCGAGAAACGCCACAAGACGAUGUUAGAUUUUCCUGCUCAGGGCGCUCCUCCUCCUGUUAAUAUCAAACAGCUGCUUAUUGAAUGUGCGAGAGCUCUUGAUGAAAAUAAACUGCUCGAUUUCGACAGACUGAUUGAGGUAGCACGGUGUGCUGUGUCUAUUACAGGGGAUCCUAUUCAGCGCCUUGGGGCGUACAUGAUCGAAGGCUUAGUUGCGAGGAAAGAAGCGUCGGGCACAAACAUUUAUCGGACGUUGAAAUGUAAGGAGCCAGCGGGGGACGACUUGCUCUCCUACAUGCACAUCUUGUACGAGAUAUGUCCGUAUCUUAAGUUUGGUUACAUGGCUGCAAAUGGCGCCAUAGCGGAAGCGUGUAGGAACGAAGAUCGCAUUCACAUUAUAGACUUCCAAAUUUGCCAGGGGACUCAAUGGAUGACGCUUCUACAAGCGCUCGCUGCAAGACCUGGCGGUGCCCCCUACGUGCGCAUCACGGGGAUCGAUGAUCCGCUUUCAAAACAUGCUCGGGGGGAUGGUUUAGUUACGGUGGGGAAACGCCUUGCAGCUAUAUCCGAGAAAUUCAAUAUCCUGGUCGAGUUCAAUCCAGUCCCGGUUUUUGCCCCGCAAGUCACCCGGGAAAUGCUCGAUAUUAGGCCUGGCGAGGCGCUGGCGGUAAACUUCCCGUUACAGCUCCACCACACCCCAGACGAGAGCGUUGACGUGAGCAAUCCUAGAGAUGGGCUUCUAAGGAUGGUGAAGUCGCUCUCUCCCAAGGUGGUCACGUUGGUGGAGCAAGAAUCGAACACGAACACCGCCCCGUUCUUCAGCAGGUUCAUCGAAGCUCUCGAAUACUACUCAGCCAUGUUCGAGUCUCUGGACGUGGUCCUACCGAGGGACAGGAAGGAGCGCAUCAACGUCGAGCAGCACUGCCUGGCCCGAGACAUAGUGAACGUGAUAGCUUGCGAGGGGAAGGAGAGGGUGGAGCGCCACGAGCUGUUAGGGAAGUGGAAAUCGAGGUUCACCAUGGCGGGAUUUCAACAGUAUCCCCUAAGCUCUUACGUUAAUUCGGUAAUUAAGGGCCUGUUGAAGUGUUAUUCUGAGCAUUACACACUUUUGGAGAAAGAUGGGGCUAUGCUAUUGGGGUGGAAGGAGAGAAACCUCAUCUCUGCUUCUGCUUGGCACUGAAACUAAGUCAUACAUAAAAACAUACUCAGAAGUAGAAAGAACCUAUUUUGUUUUGUCCUGGGAUGGACACAGACACAAAGAUUUGUUGUUGCAAAUAUGCACUUAGAAAAUUUAUGAUGUUGGUAAUUGAAAUACAUUUCAUUUCUACCUGUAAAUUGCAAGAAUUAAUCAUUUAUAAAUGCUAAUCUUGGUAUAGAUUUGUUCACA